CCGGUCUGUCUAACGCGGGGAGUUUCUCAGAGUCUGAUGAUAGCUGACGAAGUUUAGAGGCGAAAAAAGAAGAGAAGAGACCAAACACAUGUGAUCUGCAAACGAGUCCACAACACAGCGUCCGCCUUUUUCUCAUGGAGAGAAGUUAAGCCCGCAGAAGUCCAGCGGAUUACUUUAUCCGGCGGUGUUUUGUUUUUUUAUUGACUUUGAGCAGCGCCAGCCGCGAUGUCCUUUUAAACACAAGGAGGGAGUCUGCUGCGGUGUUUGAGAAAGAAAGAGGCCUGAAACAUGAUGUCCAUUGGAAAUGAUAGCUGACGCUGUAGAAUGAGAGAGGAUGGAACAGACAGACAGCCCUGCCCCUGAGAGCAACAACCCUAAUGGGUUUGUCAACCGAGUGUUUAAUGUUUCUCUGGAUGUGGAGAAUGAAACCGGCAGUGUUUAUAUUCAGGAGACUGGGCCAGGGCCUGCAGAGGGGCAUGGGGAGACCCUGGCUGCCUCCUCUCAGACCCCUGUCAAGGAGAGACAGGAGGUCAACCGGAGGACUCGUGCCACAGGGGGUAUCUGGAAGAUCUUGAAUCGAAAGAGAGCCGUCUCAGAGCUCGAGAGGAGACCCCACUCCAUGAUCUUGCCCGGGGAGGCUUCCAUCCCUAAACUCUCAUUUGCUGACAAGGUUCGCUCUUUUAAGAAGCUUAAAUCCCCUGCUGUGUUUAGAGGGAAGACAAGCAAAUUGUCCACUGCCAAGUUUACCAGCUCCUUGGUGGAUGAGGAUUCUUUCUGCCGUGAUAUUGGCACUCCCCAACAGGCCAGCAGGGGCACACUUAGACACCGUGGCAAGAGGCAUUCGUAUGCUGGAUACACAGCAGAAUUUGACUGCUCGUUCGAAGACAUUGACCUCUCAGCUCCUAUGGAUGGCCAUCAGCCCACUGUCCUGGGAGAGGCUGUGACUCAGAAUGGUUGUAAACCGUCUGAACGAGUUUCCUAUGCUAAAAGAAGCCACAACAAUUCAACCAACUGCAACAAAAGCACUGCAGGUUGUGAAGAGCUCAGCACUAAGAGUAGCCCGAGGACCCACCACAGUGCAGGAAGGAGGCACAAAGAUGUGUGGAGUUACCUGAGGAGGAUUUCCCUUUUGGGGAAGACCAAUCCGGUCUACUCAGAGAGGAGCUUUGACUCUGAGCUUCACUCACUGGACAAAACCAUGGAUUCAGACUUUGGUUCUGUAGACUUUGAGACAGUCAGAGACUGUCAGCCGCCGCCCCCAAAACACCCGGACACCAAGGGGCACUUUGGCGGUCUGUUUAAAUUUUUCAACAGUGUAGCAGAGACAGCCAGAAAAUGGAGAACAACCUCACGCUCAUUCUCUCCUCCAGAAGGAGAGAGGAGUCCGAUGAACUCCCCACAGGCCCCACAGCGCACAGUGGACAACAUUCACAGUGUUUCUCUGACCCUCCACAAUGAAGGACUUCCAGAACCCCAGCCCACCCCAUCAUCACCACUGACCGCUAAAUCCUCACACUCCGGUGGCGUUGACAGCGAGAUUCCAGCACCUGUAACAGGUGGACGAUCCCCUCAGGUGGUGCUGAAAGCCUUCCGGGCAUGUCCAGGGUCUCGAGCUGUCAAUGGCUUUCAGAGUUUUGAGGUUACAGACAAAACUGUAGACAGCCAGACAAACCACAGGUCCACAGCAAUGGUAGAGAAUCAUAUCCCUCAUUCAGGUCCAAACACGGAGGCUAAAAAAGAGCUUGAAAGGGAUCAAUUGAACGGCCUUUGUCGAGAGGAAAAGGUAGAGGGACAGACAGGAAAUGAGCAGGAUUCCAGAGAUGCUCCACUUGACUCCCACCAGAUACAGGAGGCGAAUGUCCAAUCACAACAAGGUGAUAAAGAAAGCACAACCAAUAGUGUACCGGCAUCAGAUUCGACAGAGGAAAUAUUUAAGCUGUGCGAGCAGAUUGCCAGCCAGGCAGGCUGCAGUGUCAGACAGCCGGGCCCAGCCAUGCCCCACUCUAGCACAGAGAAGACCUCUGUACCUCACAGGCGCUUGCGGCCUCGUCCUCGCCCGGCCUCAGCUGUACUGGACCUGCGGAGACCCAACCCAGACCGAGACCUCUACAACCAUUAUAGUGAGGUCGGCUCGCUGUCCCGGCGGAGACGCAGGCCUGCAACCACCAUGCAACACUCCCGGACGGCUGCUCGCUGCAGGCCUUGCUCUGUCAUAGAGACCAGUGUUACUAGGGAGACGUACUCCACGGAGCUGCACCACAGAGCCUUGUCUCGCCCCCCGGGUGUGUCACCGUUAGAGCCCCCGCACAGGGCAUCUCUCCAGCGGUGUCGCUCCCUGCCCCUACCCCCCAGCACCCUCACUGCCCUGGCGCUGCUCCUGCCUCAAUCAGCACACAUGGGUCAGUCGUCAUCGUCUGUGCGUCUGCGGUCUGGAGGCUCUGGUAGCUGCAGAAGGAGGAGGCUGCUAAGACCUGGCUCAGAACCACUACAGGUCAACAUAUUGAUAAGUGGAGGGUCAAUCGUCAACGCUGAGGCGGUAUGGGACCAUGUGACCAUGGCGGACCGGGAGUUGGCGUUUAAGGCCGGUGACGUCAUCAAGGUUCUGGACGCCUCCAACAAGGACUGGUGGUGGGGCCAGAUUGAUGAGGAGGAAGGAUGGUUCCCUGCCAGCUUUGUACGGGUGGAACCCCACCCUCCUCAGCCCCAAACAAAACAGGUUUUCUAUAUCAACCCCAUAGCAACUCCACGGUUCCAAAACACCACGUCAAAGCUGUGGGUGAAUCAGGAGGACGGUGGAGCGGAGCCAGCCGAGGGGACCAGUGAGGUGCAGAACGGGCACCUGGAUCCAACCAAUGACUGCCUGUGUCUGGGCUCACCCCUCCAAAACCGAGACCAGAUGAGGGCCAACGUCAUCAAUGAGAUCAUGAGCACAGAGAGACACUACAUCAAACACCUCAAGGACAUCUGUGAGGGCUACUUGCGCCAGUGCAGGAAGCGUGUGGACAUGUUUAAUGAUGACCAGCUGAAGGUCAUCUUUGGAAACAUCGAGGACAUUUACCGCUUCCAGAUGGGUUUUGUUAGAGAUUUGGAGAAACAGUACAACACAGAGGAACCGCACCUCUCUGAAAUCGGGCCCUGCUUUUUAGAACAUCAAGACGGUUUCUGGAUCUACUCAGAAUACUGUAACAACCACUUGGAUGCCUGUAUGGAGUUGAGCAAACUGAUGAGGGAUGGCAGGUACCAGCACUUCUUCGAGGCCUGUCGCCUCCUCCAGCAAAUGAUUGACAUUGCCAUAGACGGCUUCCUGCUCACCCCUGUCCAGAAAAUCUGCAAAUAUCCACUCCAGUUGGCUGAGCUUCUUAAAUACACCGCACAGGAGCACAGUGACUAUCGAUACGUGGCAGCAGCUCUGGCAGUAAUGCGGAACGUCACUCAGCAGAUCAACGAGAGGAAGAGGAGGCUGGAGAACAUCGACAAGAUCGCCCAAUGGCAAGCCUCGGUUCUUGACUGGGAGGGGGAUGAUAUCUUGGACAGGAGCUCGGAGCUCAUCUACACUGGGGAGCUGUCAUGGAUCUAUCAGCCGUAUGGACGCAGCCAACAGCGAGUCUUCUUCCUCUUUGACCACCAGCUGGUCCUCUGUAAGAAGGAUCUGAUACGCCGGGACAUCCUGUACUACAAGGGCCGCAUCGACAUGGAUCGCUAUGAGGUGCGGGACGCCAUCGACGGGCGUGACGAUGACUUCAACGUCAGUGUGAAGAACGCAUUCAAAUUGUGCAACAAAGACAGUGAGGAGAUCCACAUCUUCCUGGCCAAGAAGCCGGAGGAGAAGAUCCGCUGGCUCAGGGCCUUCCAUGAGGAGAGGAAGAUGGUGCAGGAGGAUGAGAAAAUCGGUUUCGAGAUCUCUGAGUAUCAGAAGCGACAGGCAGCCAUGACAGUGAGAAAGGUGACCAAACAGAAAGGUGUAAACAGGUGCACGCCCCCCUCAUACCCGCCCCCUCAGGACCCCCUCAGUGCGGGGCAGUAUGAGGUAACGGAGGACAUGGCACAAGGAGAGGUUUUUGAAUUCAGUCAACCCAAAAGAGGCCAGGCUCCCUUCUGGCAGAAUUUUAGUAGAUUAGCUCCAUUUAAGAAAUAGAGAUACACAGACUCUUCUGAAGGACCAGCUAUUUUUCUUAGAAGCACUAAACACUGGAUGAUCAUGUCCCAUGAUGAAGAAAAAUACGAAAAACACACAUACACAAGAGACUUUGAAGUUAAGGACCAAUGUUAAUAUAAAGUGUGAUUGGAAGCAGCGAGAGGACUGAAGACUUGAGAAAAAAAAUACAACUUUACAAUUCAUAUAUGUUAGUACCGUUCUUAGUUAUCAUGCUUCUCCAGCCGAGUCAACUGUCAUGAACUCUUUCCCUUGGAUUCUGCAUACUCACGCAUCAUCUGAAUGUCCUGGAAUUGUUGAGAUUGUUUUUGAUUUCAUUUAUAACCCAUCAUAUCUGGAGAGAAUCGCAAGGUCAAGCCGGGUCAUUCCUAGUUGUAUGAUUGUGUCCAAAAGCUGAGAUGUUGCUGUGCUGCUAUGUGAGAUUGUUUGUUGCAUUCUUCUGAAUGUGAGAUUGAAUUAACGACGACCUCAGCUGCUGGCUGUGGUGAGCGAAGGACCUGCCAAGCUCGACUGUCAGCAUCGCCUCUGAGUUAGAUCCAUUCCACCACUGAUCACAGGCUGAUCAGGCCAUCUCUGCUCUACUGAUGUCUGCAUCUGGAUCUCCACUUCACUCUCAGCGCUCCACAUUCCUCUCUCUAGCCCCUCUCUUCGCAAAGUGUGACGUUUCAGCGUUGCCCUGCAUCCCUCUUGUCCCUCUCUAUCUCUCUAUCCACCUGCUCAGCCUCGGUGAGUCAGCAGCUCUCAGAGGAGGAGGUUCAUUCCUUUGGACACCUGCCAUUGGCCAUGAUAUGAUGGGUCAGGCAGCGAAUCAAUAGUCUGAACAUCAAUAGAAUAUUUACAUCCUUUCACCAACCACUUGUGACAGGGUAUUCAUAUUCGGUCACGCGAGGGUCUGUGCGUUGCAUUUGACGGAGAGCUUGCUGCUCAGAUGAAACAGCUGGGAGCAGGAGAUAGGCAGGCUAUGGUCCACCUGCCUUGUUUUGCAGUCCCUCCCCCCCAAUCUCCCCAGAGACCACCCCUGUAGCACUGUGCUGGCAGCUCACUGGGUGUUUGGAAAGAGCACAGCCUACCUCUGGAAAUGAGUGCUAAAAAAUGAAGUUGAUGCAUUGGCCAAGGUCUAAAAUAAUAUCUCUUUUUUUCCGUGUCAGCUGUAAAAGAAGACUUCUUCAGUUAACGAUUUGCUCACACUGUAAAAAGCACAGCACAUAUUCAGCCUGAAUUCUUUUUUUUUCUCUCAUUUUGAGUACGAGCGAUACAAAUAUGCAAUGCUACAGUGUGAGGAGUAGUUGGAACCCCAUCCAGCACAGGGGGAAAUGGUCAAAAAAUGGAAUAUGCUGUGGGAAGUGGACUGCAUUUUGAGUCAGUACUUGAAAAAAAGUCCACUGCAGUAGUGCGAGUUGAUACCGCAGGGAGGUAGAAAGGUGAAUUUAAUCUGUAGCAUGCAGGUGUCCUCUGACAGAUUCACGCAUCUCUAAAGACUGAAGCUUCCAAUCUUGGCUCUCCGCCCCGUCACGUUGUUUUCCUGAUCUGAUCCAUGUUCUGGCAGUUAGCUCCGGCGCUAUUAAGUGAUUCACAAAGGACUGUGGCCUGAUCAGAUUGAUUUUUUUUAAUCAACAAAGCCCCCGAAGCUGCUGUGUGAGAGAGAUCCUGCCACAGAGUCCUUCAGUAGAGGAGUUAGAAAAGCGACGAUCCGAGGAACUGACGAGAAACUACCAAUUUACACACAUCAUGAAGGUGUUCUUUUCUACACUUGGAAUGUAAGUGAAACAUCUGUCCAUGGUUUGUGAUCAUAUUUUGACCUCAGAUACAGAUUUUGUGUUGAAUUAUCACCAGAUGGACAGUACAUAUACAGUAUGACAACUUGUGCAAUGUGAUAUAUCAUUAUAUAUCUUCACUAUUCACUACAACGUGAUAUGGAAGAGUUAUAUAUUGUUCUUUGUCAUUUGUUUGCCUUCUUACAGGCCUUAUAACCUAUUGGAGAAAAAAAAGACCUUAGAAAAUUCCUUUGUAUGUUGUGUAAUUUAUGUUCUGUUUCAGUAAAGAAAGUUGAGAAAUGGGUGAGUUGGCUGCUGGUGUCUGUAGAGAUGGCUCCCAGUGAGAUUGUUUUGGAAGAUAAUUCUCUUGUCUGGCACAGCAAAAAGAUAUGGUUCCCAGGCCAUGAUAACCUCAGGUCCCGUGCUACGCCCACCCCCCACCCAUCCCCCUACUCCUCCUCCUCCUCCCACCCCCUCCACCACCCCACACACACACACACACACACACACACACACACACACACACACACACACACACCUCUCCCUUUUCAACACUACCACCAGUACCAACAUACAGACACAAGCAUGCAGGCAAACACACAACACUGACACACAUAAUACGCACUUGCUGGCCCGUUCUGCUGCGGAGAAGAGAGAUGCUAUCUAACAGUGCCUUCCAGCAUUCCACUAGUGAUUAUCUAUUCAGUUUCACAGGCAGAUUUGAAUUAGUCAUGUAUUUUCCCUUCAGUGCAUCUCUCACUCUCUUCCUUUCUCUCUCUGUCUCUCGUCCACACUGGGAAUUCCUCGUUCCCCAGUGCAUGAGAUCCACACGGACAGAAACUUUAGAGGUCAGGCCUUUUCCAUAUGAGUAGAUAUACUGUGCUGUCUGACUGAAACACCUAAAAACACCUUUAUUAUAUUCUGUCACACUUACAUAGCAGCAAUUUUAUUGCACAAGAAUUUCAGAUGUUUAGAAACUGCAUAGAGUUCAUUUAUUGUUAUCUAUUUAACAUACUAAAAAGGAAACAGUUUUCAUUAGUCAAGUUUAGGUUUCACAUUUCAAAGUAUAUUAUUAACAACGAGUUAUGAAUCAAAAGAAGAAUCAUCUAUUUUACCUUUAUCAGAUACACACUGUAAAUACUGUAAAAAGAACAGAUCAUAUAUUUGGAUAUUGGUAUUUUGCGUUGGAGACGAAUGUUGUUCCAGUUCUAGCGUGCGGUAGACCUCAGUACCAGGUAAAUGCAUGCUUGUGGCAUCCAAUAUUUUGCAUGAGACUUAAGGCAACUCUUAACAGAUUGUUUAGUUUCAUUUAACUUCCAAUUGAAUUUUGUUUUUUUGUUUUUUUUCUAUUUUUUCCACAACGCAGAACCAUUCAUUUGUAAAACCAAUAGCAUCUCACUAAAGGGAGUUCUUUUCUCUGUCCACCUGUCUCCUGCUCACUGCACAUUACAGGUUGUAGCUUCUGUUUUUUAUUUAUUGACAAGUGGAGGGAAGCAUCUUUUCCUCACGCUGAAUCAAAGACUGAACUGUUGAUAGGUGAAAUGAAAGGCACUGAUGUUCUCUUUGCCCAGAUAAAAUGGGUACUAUAAACUGUAACAUUAUUUUAUAACUUUUCGUUUUUUUUUUCUUUGAGUCCAACCUACACUGUCAUGCUCCAGACUGCUGGUAAUGUUUCUUUGGAAUGCCAUUAUCUGCGGAGGCAAAACGGGUAUAAUUUUUCUAUGACAACAGUGAACCAAAUAGGAGUUAGCACUGAUCAUGGGUGUUUGUGUAUAGAUUUGUAGUCAAGCAGAAGAGCUGAAUAAAUUCGAAAACCUCUCGGGAUGAGCUAAAAAUAAACAUAAUCCUGAAGACACAUACACACAGUACUUCAUUGCAAUUCAUAUCAUGCUCUUGUUUCUACUUAAGAAAUGAUUCUUUGAAGUACAAUGACUUGACAUCACAAAUUGAUUCCUCACUUGUAUUUACUGACAACAGUAUUACAAUGUGGCCACGCUGUUUUAAAGGGUGUAUAUAUUUGGUUUUAUUUUUCUUAUACAAUUAUGAAUCUGACCUUGUACGGGGAGCUGAGAGGACAGCCUUCUGUGCAGUUGUUUUUUUUCGGCCCCCCCCCCCUUUACGGUCAUAUAACCAAGACAGCCAAGUUAGCAGACUGUCAACCGAAUGCACCAGAGGUUGCUCAGAUUUCUGUUAUUCCUUUCAGUCCAGGGUGUAGUUCACUCACAUUUAAGCAUAGUGACAUCUUCAGUAGGAACACCUUUGCAGUUGAUCACGCAGUCCUGUGUUGUUUCAGAAUAGUCAGGGUACAAGUCUUCAAUGAGCCAUAUGCUGAUGUGGUUUUUCAAUGACAACAAGGUAAACAGAAGACUGACAUCCCCCAUUUGGAAACUAGUCAUUGUAUAAUACCAUCUAGUUUGAGGUCUAGAUUUUUUCCUAUCACAGAACAAUUUACUCACAGUAUCCAUAUCCUUUUGUCACCAUAUGCAAACGUUUGUCAUUUUCUUUCUUGCUGGCCUUUUGAGUUCAAUUAUUUGUUGUAGAAAUGAAAAACCUGAAAAAUAAUGCCUAUUCAAUCCAGAAACUGUGAAUGGGAGAGUGGAGAUGUUAACUGUAUGUACAUUAUAUGUUUUGAUGUAAUCAGAAGCACUGGGAAUAUGUUGUACUUCGCUGUAAAAAAUAAAUCCAUAUCUGAUAUAGCUGUACUUUUGUUGAAAAUAAAACCUCUACCGAA